GGCUAUUUUUACGCGCGGACACCGGACACCGGACACCGGGCUGGGGCUGGGGCGGCGGCGGCGGCGGCGGCGGCCGAGGCGGGGCCGCACCGGGCCGGGCAUCGGGGCCACACGUCCGUUCGCGGGUCGCCGGGGCUGCCCGCGCCAUGGAGCCGCGGUGCCCGCCGCCCUGCGGCUGCUGCGAGCGGCUGGUGCUCAACGUGGCGGGGCUGCGCUUCGAGACCCGGGCGCGCACGCUGGGCCGCUUCCCGGACACGCUGCUCGGGGACCCCGCGCGCCGCGGCCGCUUCUACGACGACGCGCGCCGAGAGUACUUCUUCGACCGGCACCGGCCCAGCUUCGACGCGGUACUCUACUACUACCAGUCGGGCGGGCGGCUGCGGCGGCCGGCGCACGUGCCGCUGGACGUCUUCCUGGAGGAGGUGGCCUUCUACGGGCUGGGCGCGGCGGCCCUGGCGCGCCUGCGCGAGGACGAGGGCUGCCCGGUGCCCCCGGAGCGCCCCCUGCCCCGCCGCGCCUUCGCGCGCCAGCUCUGGUUGCUCUUCGAGUUUCCCGAGAGCUCGCAGGCCGCGCGCGUGCUCGCCGUGGUCUCCGUGCUGGUCAUCCUCGUCUCCAUCGUAGUCUUCUGCCUCGAGACGCUGCCUGACUUCCGCGACGACCGCGACGGCCCGGGGCUCGCCGCGGUGGCCGCAGCCGGCCCAUUCCCUGCUCGGCUGAAUGGCUCCGGCCUAGUGCCUGGAAAUGCGCCCCGCCUGCCCUUCAAUGACCCGUUCUUCGUGGUGGAGACGCUGUGCAUUUGCUGGUUCUCCUUCGAGCUGCUGGUGCGCCUCCUGGCUUGUCCAAGCAAGGCGAUCUUCUUCAAGAAUGUGAUGAACCUCAUCGAUUUCGUGGCUAUCCUUCCCUACUUUGUGGCGCUGGGCACCGAGCUGGCCCGGCAACGAGGGGUGGGCCAGCCGGCCAUGUCCCUGGCCAUCCUGAGAGUCAUCCGAUUGGUGCGCGUCUUCCGCAUCUUCAAGCUGUCCCGGCACUCCAAGGGCCUGCAGAUCUUGGGCCAGACGCUUCGGGCCUCCAUGCGUGAGCUGGGCCUCCUCAUCUUUUUCCUCUUCAUCGGUGUGGUCCUCUUUUCCAGCGCGGUCUACUUUGCGGAAGUCGACCGGGCGGACUCGCAUUUCACCAGCAUCCCGGAGUCCUUCUGGUGGGCAGUGGUCACUAUGACUACAGUCGGCUAUGGAGACAUGGCACCCGUCACUGUGGGUGGCAAGAUCGUGGGCUCUCUGUGUGCCAUUGCCGGCGUGCUGACCAUUUCCCUGCCUGUGCCUGUCAUUGUCUCCAAUUUCAGCUACUUUUAUCACCGGGAGACAGAGGGCGAAGAGGCCGGGAUGUACAGCCAUGUGGACACGCAGCCUUGUGGCCCAUUGGAGGGCAAGGCCAAUGGGGGGCUGGUGGAUGCGGAGGUACCUGAGCUACCACCUCCACUCUGGGCACCCCCAGGGAAACACCUGGUCACCGAAGUGUAAGGGACAGUUGAGGUCUUCGGGACCUCACACCUCCUUAGAGGGAGGGAGGGAGGGCAGGGUGGAGGGAACGGCUUGUGGGAGGGAUUGGGUUUAGGAAGAGCUAGGUUAAGUGGUAAUGAGCGGGAGAACGGAGUCUUGCUGGGUCUUGGAUGGUAUGGUUCGGCAGCUCCUGUGGGCACCUCCUUAAACAGCAGCGAAUGGCAGUGGGUUGUGUUGUGUUGAUGAAGACUCGAUCGGUUCAUAUUACACUGAGUUGCACAAUGCUCGUGGAGCCUUGUGGGGUGGUGUCGAGGUAGGUUUGGUCAUAUCAUUUUGUGAGUUUCCUGGGUCGAUGUUGGGUUUGGGUGGGUUGUGAGUCUGGGUGAGUGUUGUCCGGCUGUAUUCCGUGGGAUUCUGUGGUUUGGUGGGUCCCCUGGGGCCAUGGUGGGUCAAGUUAGAUGGCCCCCCGUGGCAUCACUGGGAUUGAUUGUGCGGUCAGACGUGGUGCUGAGUUUCGUUGAGACGUGGUGGAGAUUGUGCAGCUUCGUGGUUGUUCUAGGGCCAUGUUAUUUUAGGUUCUGUGAACUUGUGAGUCAUGUAGAAAUGUGAAGAGUCAAGUGAUAGAAUUUGAGCUUUCUAGGUCACAUUGGGUUACGUGGGUAUGACCGAAUGCAUCUCGUAGGGUUCUGUUGGGCUGAAUUGUGUAGAGGUGUGCGGCUGGACAUUUUUCAAGGCCACAGGGAGUCGAGUUGGGUUGAACUGCACAACCCUAUGAACCUUGUAAGGCCAGUUCAGUUGGGUCACCCCACUGUUUCAAUCUCACGGGGCCAUGUUGAGUUGAGUUCCAUUGAGUUGUAUCACUAUGUGAGUCCUAUAUGAAGCUGGGUUGAGUUGGACUGUGUGAAUGAGCUCCACAGGGCUACAUUGGGUUGUUUUGAGUUUCAUGGUAGCACCAGGACCCAAAGGUAAUAGCAGCGGGGGAGCAUCAUAUAAUCAGGGAGCAAAUGCAGUGGCGAGGGCUGUGGGAGACGUACUGAGCUGGCUCCCCAGCUACUGCAGGAGGCGGGACUGCAUUCUGUAUCCCUGGGUUUGGGUGUUCAUCAGAGCGAUCGGGGUGAACUAGGAAGAGGUGGAUGCUCCCCCCGUUUAUCCACAUCCACUUCGUUGUGCCGUUCACCCUAUUCUCCCCUACAGUCUUACAGAAUCAAAAGGAUAGGGAGAGAGACCAGGCGAGGGAUAGAGACCCAGAAAGAGGAAGAGAUGGAAUCCCAGAGAGACAGAGACCCAAGGCAGAGGAACAGAGACUCAGGGAGAGGGAGACAAGGACCCGGAGGGGCGGUAGAGCAGAGAUGCAGAAGAGGGGAACAGAAAUGCAGAGUGAGAAGGGGACAGAGACCAAGAGCAGGGGAUAGAAGCCGGGUGAAGUGGCUCACGCCUGUAAUCCCAGCACUCUGGGAGACCAAGGAA